AUCUAACUUGAUUGACAUCGAUUUUCUUUCUAUUUGUUUAAUAUAUUAAAGUAGACUGGGUGUGAAAGAAGCAUUUGGAUUAGGAAAACAGUGGAGCAACGAGGGAGGAUUUUUAGAUUAAUUCGUCUAUUGGUGGAAAGUUCUGUUGCCCUUACAUAUGAAGUCUGUCAACUCGAACGUCAAUGUUUUUUGGAGGAAAUUUCUAUUUUCUAAAUCAUUACUUCGCAGAUAGGAAUUUUGGAUUAGCAUCUUACCGUAUUGUAAGUUUUACUACCAAAUGUCGACCCGCCGCAAUAGAUUUUGGAUGGCUUAACUGCAUGCAAUACAUAUGUACAUGCAUACGGACUGAAACGGAUUGUUUUGUGGAAACAUUCAUAAUUCAACGAUUUUUGAGAAUGUAACAUCUUGCUUUUGUCUGCAUUAGGAUUUGGACUGAUUCGUUUAUUUUGUAGACGUUAUACGUGAGAAAAGCAGAUGUUUUAAAAAUUUUCAAAUGGCCUCGCAACGUGCUGCAAAUAUAUAUGAACAUACAAAUAUUAUUACCCACACGAGCCGAUAAAUUCUCCAUAAAACUAUCAGCAUGACGUAGCACCAAGAGCCCCGAACAAGUAUUUUCAAAUUACACCAAUUUGGAACCACUCCAAAUAUCAGCAAUACGAAAUUGCGCGAAUAAAACUGUGAUAGUUGUAGAGGAAAAAUAGACUUGGGUCGACAAUCGCAAGAAACCAACAGCAACAGCAACAGCAAAAUGCAGUCCAAGCGAGAGGAACAAAUUGCACUCAUUGCCUGCAUCUCCCUGAUAUUUAUGCUCAAUUUGUUGCUGACGACAGCAGCGGCCAAAGAAAAUAUACCCAGUAUAUAUGCAAAUGAAGAUUUGCGAGAAGAACAUACACAGCCAGAGCGUCAUAGACAACAACACAAGAAACAUCAACAUCAAAAUCAUCAUCACCAACAGCAGCAGCGACGGCAGCAGCAUCACCGUCGGCAUGCGUUGCAUGAGCGCGAAAAGCGUGAGAAGGAGGUGGGCGAGGUGUCGCACAGAGCAAAUCAACAACGCACACACCACGAACAUGUGCAGCACCAACACCAACAUCAUCAGCAGCAGCAGCAACAACAACACACGCGACAGCAUCGCCAACAUCGCGGCCACACACACAAUCCUGCCAUUGGUGGCUAUGCCGCCAGCUAUCUCAGCGACAGCAGCAGUCAUCCUUCAUCAUCGGCGUCUUCUUCAUCCCACGCGCAAGCACCGUCGUCGCCGUCUUCAUCUGCAUUUUAUAAACGCUACUCACGUGACUCGGCGGCAUUUCCAGCACGUGAACGCAAGCCCAACAUUAUUCUUAUACUCACCGACGACCAGGAUGUCGAGCUGGGAUCGUUGAAUUUUAUGCCGCGCACUCUACGUUGGUUGCGCGAUGGCGGCGCCGAAUUUCGUCACGCCUACACGACUACGCCCAUGUGCUGCCCGGCGCGCUCCUCACUGCUGACCGGCAUGUACGUACACAAUCACCAGGUCUUCACCAACAACGACAAUUGUUCGAGUCCACAGUGGCAGGCCACGCACGAGACGCGCUCCUUUGCUACAUAUCUUUCGAAUGCUGGCUAUCGCACAGGUUACUUUGGCAAGUACCUGAACAAGUACAAUGGGUCGUAUAUACCGCCGGGUUGGCGAGAAUGGGGUGGUCUAAUUAUGAAUUCGAAAUACUACAAUUACAGCAUUAACAUGAAUGGGCAGAAGAUCAAGCAUGGUUUCGAUUAUGCGAAGGAUUUCUAUCCCGACCUAAUAGCGAACGAUUCCAUAGCAUUUCUACGUUCAUCAAAACAGCAAAACCAAAGAAAACCUGUGAUGUUAACAAUGAGUUUUCCAGCGCCACAUGGACCUGAAGACUCAGCGCCACAAUAUAGUCAUCUCUUCUUCAAUGUGACAACACAUCACACACCUUCUUACGAUCACGCACCUAAUCCGGAUAAGCAAUGGAUACUGCGCGUCACACCGCCAAUGGAACCAGUGCACAAACGCUUCACGAACUUAUUGAUGACAAAACGACUGCAAACGUUGCAGAGUGUAGAUGUCGCCGUGGAGCGUGUAUGCAACGAGCUUAGAGCGUUGGGUGAACUAGAUAACACUUACAUCAUCUAUACCUCCGAUCACGGCUAUCACUUGGGUCAGUUCGGUUUGAUAAAAGGAAAAAGUUUUCCAUUUGAGUUUGAUGUGCGUGUGCCUUUCUUGAUACGUGGACCAGGCAUACAACCGGCAAGGGUGGUCGACGAGAUCGUCUUGAAUGUCGAUCUGGCGCCCACUUUUCUGGACAUUGGUGGUGUCACAACGCCGCAACAUAUGGACGGACGCAGCAUUUUACCGCUACUAUUCAGUCGUCAACGUAAUGUGCGUGAUCAGUGGCCAGAUACGUUUUUGAUUGAGAGCUCUGGACGACGCGAGACACCUGAACAAAUUACCGAGUCACGUGCACGUCUGCAGGCGGAUCGACUGAAUAUGAGGCUUGCGAAUAGCACCUUUAUUGAUGGGUUCACGUUUAAUGAGACCACAGCUACUGGCUCAGCAGUAGAUGUGGUCGAUUUGGAAUCGCGAGAAGAGGCAGAAUUCGAAGAAGGUGCGGGUUCGGAAGCCGAAAGAGUAGCGCAAAUUGAGACGGAAAUAGAGGACGAUGCUGAGGACAAUCUCGACACCGACACCGAUAUCGAGGAUGAUGUGUCUUCUGGUGUUUUAGAUGAAGAUAUUGAAGAUGAAUUGGAUGUGGAUGCAGCACAAGAAGAGGGUUUAGAUCAAGAGCAGCAGGAUCAAUUCGACAACAACCUGCCAAUGGCGCCGUAUAUGACGAAAAUGAUGCGUUUAAAUUCAGAAUGUUCUGAUCCAUCCUUGCUGGAAAAUUGCCGACAUGGACAAAAGUGGAAGUGCGUUAACGAAGAUGGUCGUUGGCGUAAGCACAAAUGCAAAUUUCAUUUACAGCUGCAACAUCAUCUCGAGGAGAUAUCGAAAUUUACGAAAAAGGAAACGAAACGUAACUGCGCGUGCUUCACACCAGAUGGUGUUGUCUAUACGAAAAUCAAAACAAGCCGUAGUUACUUCGAUGGAGAUCGCAUUCGAAAGAGAACUCAGAAUCCAUCACGCUUUUCUCGACGCGAGAAACGGUCUUCGCAAGACUACUCUGAAAUUUUCCAUACGGAGCUGCCGUACGAGAUGGAAGAACUGCUUGAUCUGCAAGAUACGCUCUCCAUGGUUGAAGAACAGUUGACUCAACCGAAACGUACCAAACGUGAACUAACCUCCAGCUUCUUCGAAACACGUCCCACCAACGAUGCCAAUGCCGAAAACAGCUUCAAAUCGGGCACCAACUCAGCCAAUGAUUCCAUUUCCAAGGUCAUACAAGAAAUCCAAAGCACACUUGAAACUCUCGAAUUGAAAUUUAUUGCUCCAAAUGAUUUGCAUCAACCUAAUAAUACGACUACCUUGUCGGCAGCUGGCUUCGUGCGAGGUGGCAAAUUUCCCAAAGUGGGUGGGCGUGUGGGCACACGCUGUUACAUUGAAUCGCAAACCGGCAAGGUGAACUGCUCUGAUGUCAUUUACGAUGAUGAAAAGACAUGGCGUAAGUCGCGCAAUCAAAUUGAUAUGCUAAUCAAAGUGCUCAAGGAUAAAAUAACGCACUUGAAGGAUAUCAAGAAGCAAAUGCGCGAGAAUAAACAACAACAGCUGAGCCAACAACAGCAACAGCAGCAAUUGCAUUAUCACUCCGGACGUUAUUGGGAUAGGGACUAUGUGCCACGCAAUGGUGCCGGUGCUGGUGUGAACAGAAAUAAGGCGACGGAGCAAGCAACUGGCGAUGAGCUGCCAUACAAUGUAUCGGAUUACUUGGGGCGCAGACAAAAGGGGCGUCGACGUAAUGGCGGUGGUGGCCUAAAUAAUAACCAUUUCUAUCAGCGCGGCGGUUACCAUCAUCAUAACUACAAUCAUCAGCAAUACCGGGGGCAGCAUUUGGCUGGCGGCGCGGGAGGAGGUGGACGUCGACGCUACGACAAGACGCUGGGUGGACGCGAGUUCGAUAUGAACUACUUCACACAAGGACAUUUCGGCUUUGGCGUGACAACCACGUACAGUAAUGAGAUUAACAAUGAAAAUGGCAGUGGUGCGAGCUCAGGCUCAGGGGCGGCUGCGGCUGCGGGUAGUUAUGGUGUUAAAAGCACGUACGGUAAAGGCCGCAUUCAGGGCCACAAUGGCAGUUUGGGCGGCGGACAGUCACAAUUGCAAAGGAGACGACGGCCACAAGUGACAAAUGCAACUGUCGCACAGGUAUUCACUACAACACAAACAACAUCACCGUCCAUAGCGCGUCCAACAACAGUGAGGCUAAUGGGUGGAGGGAGGGCAAUGACGACGACAACGACAACAACUGCACGAACAACCACAAGCAAAGAUGAAGAGUCCUUUGCGGAUGCUACGGCAGCUAAACCUGCUACAACCGCUACCGUAACUGAGGAGACAGCAACAGCAGCUAGCACGAAAACAACAACAAAAACACGUACGCUAUGGUCGACAACACAUGCACCAACAAACAUUAGUAUUGCGCCCAGCAGCAGUGAGAGUAUCACCACAAAGGAUCCACGUGAAGUCGAUGUGCUCAGCAAUCAAGGCCAAAAGGAAGUUUUUACAGGCUUGGGCAAUACGCACAACGCUGACCCAUUUGAGCAGCAAAAGGGUCAACCAGCUGAGUGCUACUGUGAACCGGAUACAGAGAGUUAUGCUGAUUCAAAGGAGAUAGCACGCGAGGCACGUCGCAAACUAAAGGAGGAGCGACAGCGGAAAAAGGAACGGAAACGCAUCAAGAAGGCACGUCUAGAGAAGGAAUGCCUUUCGGAGAAGAUGAACUGUUUUUCGCACGAUAAUACACAUUGGCGUACGGCGCCACUUUGGAACGAUAGUCCGUUCUGUUUCUGCAUGAAUGCCAACAACAAUACCUACUCAUGCGUGCGCACCAUAAAUGCAACACAUAAUUAUUUGUACUGUGAAUUCACCACUGGUUUGAUAACGUUCUAUAAUUUGAAAAUCGAUCCCUUUGAAACACAAAACCGCGCCUCAUCGCUGACCAGCGAGGAAAAAUCGUAUAUGCAUGACGUAUUGGAAAAACUGAAGGGCUGUCGUGGCAAGAGUUGUACAAUUAAACGGCAUCCGCAGAACCAGUUGCAGCAGCACCAGCAACAAAACGAAAGCGCGUUGAGGACACUGGCAAGAGACAACAAACGUAAACAUGGCCUAGCGCAAAGCACCUCAGCUCUUGGUUCGUUUGUCUCCAGCCGCCUCGACUACGACGAGCCUCUCGCUAAACGAAGAAAACUAUCAAAGUGGUCAACGCAUACAAAUUUGAAACGUAAACCUUGGAAACAACAACAUCAUUACCAUCAUCAACAUCCACAGCAACAGCAGCCAACCUACUAUAGGCAACAACAUUUGCGACAUCACAGCAUUAGUGGUGUUGAAGGAGGCACGUUAGUUGUGGGCAAUGUAGCAGCGAGUGGAGCAAAAACUUUGCGUCGUAAUCGCUUUCAACAAGAAGUGAAUAGUCAACAUAGUAUACCACAACAGCAAAAGCUACGCGAACCACAGCAACAACAACAACAAGGAGAAGUGCAGCAGUUGCAAAAUAUUAGCAACAAAAGUGAUAACUUUGAGCAAAAAUUGAUUUCAAGUCAAAGUUUGACCACCGGCGUGGUGGACGGCACAGGCAUGGAGCCAACGCAAAGUUUUACAGAAGUUAUUGGAACAACACCACGAACGGCUGUAGUGACUGCAGCAGCAGUAACACCGGAAGCAGUGACAAUAACAACAGCUGGAGCAACAACUACAACAACAAAUGCAACAAUACUCACCGCAGCUAUAUAAGAAAGUUGUUGGGGGAAAUGUUAGGUGUUUAAGCUUAUCCUUUGCAUAUCCUUAAAAGCACACACUUACAUACACUCGCCUUAGGGUAUACAUACAUAUAUAAGUAGUAGAUAUGUAUAUACAUACAUACAUGUAUAUGUAGAUAUGUAUGCAACAUCGCCCAAAAGUAAAUGAAGCUAUUUAUUUCUUAUGACUCGGCAAUUUUUGGUAUCGCUUUGCCUCUGCAACUAUUUAUGUAAGCUCAGCGUCUACUGCUAAUGCAAAUUCGUUCAAAUGCAUGCACAUUAGGGUGCCCGAGAACUAAAGAGGAAAUUUUUUUGUUAAAUUCGAUAUGCACAACACCUAAGUAAUUAACUACUAACAACAUAUAGCGAAUUCAAUUGCCAUUCAUUGGAUAUGCCAUUUUGGUUUGGUUCUAUAAAAAGAAACUAAAUCAAAAAAGUAGCUCCUUAAACCUCUUAAGAAUUCAAUUAUCUAUCUGUUUUUGAAUAGUAAAUUUCACGUUUGCACCACUGUGCGCCCGUGCAAAAAUCCGCUGUAACUAGAUAAGGCUGAGUAGUUCCGGAGGCCACCAGGGUUUUAUAAAAGGUUCCCAGACUAGCUGAUUCUUGGUAUAGCACAUCUUUCCGGACCUAAAACAAGAAAUAUAAGUGGUUAGCGCAGGAAUUUUCGUUGAGAUGGAUAUGCAAAGUAGGUAAGUAAGGUCAGAAGUUUGUUUCCCCAAACACGAUCACAUUUGGACCACUAUCAUCGAUACUUUGAGAUACCACUAAGAACGAUAACUGCUAAUCUAAAGCGAAAAGUGCUGUAUGUAGGAUCUGUUGUUAUUUUUAGUCUCAACGCGUCCUGUUAAUGCAUCCACCAGAAAUCAAAGUUGCGGCUGUGUGAUCCCAAGAAGAUCUAUAACCGGCUUCGAACAAAAAGGCGGUGCAGUUAACACAUGUUCUUGUUGUUGUACAGCGUUCGCUGAGCUGGAAAGAGCGGUCAACAAGUAGUCAAUGCAACGCCCCUACCCUAUUUUCUUCUUAAUUCACGGUUAGAUGAACUCGAAGGAGUAUUUCCUGGUCAGCUCUUACAAUAUCACUAUGAAGCAACUAAAAGAGGGAUCGGUCGUCCCCCUAGUAGAUGUUGAGCAGUCAUUCGAAUGAUUUCUGAACUCGAAGGAGU